UGUGUUCAGAAGCUGUUGUGCCAUUGUUUGGAUUUGCGUUUCUCUGUCUAGAGGCUCAACUUCUACGCAAGCAUGAGUUACAGGACUGUGGUGAUGUAUGUGGAGAUCAGCUGCUUUGUUGUCUGUGUAUCUGGAUGGAUCCUGGUGUGUUCCACAAUGCCCAUAGAUAUCUGGACAUGGUCUGAGUUAGAAAGCACAGUCUUGGGUACUUCAAACUAUUACUCCAACCUGUGGAAGGAUUGUAUGUCUGAUUCAACUGGAGUAACUGACUGCAAGAACAUUCCAUCACUGCUUGCACUGAAUUGGGACAUUCACAUGUGCCGUGCUCUCAUCAUCAUCUCUAUUAUCUUGGCUUUCUUUGGAUCAGUUCUGGUCUUAGUGGGAAUGAAGUGUACUAAGAUUGGGGGAUCAGAGAUUGUUAAUGCAAGACUAACCUUUGCUGGGGGAAUGAACUACCUUAUCGGAGGAAUGUGUUCUAUGAUUGCUUUCUCCUAUUAUGGAAACAAACUUAGAACAGAAUUUCACGACCCUAACUACAAAGCUCAGAAGUUUGAAAUAGGCGUUGGUGUCUUUAUCGGCUGGGGAGGCUCCAGCUUACUUGUUGUUGGAGGCCUCAUUUACAGUAUCUUUGCAGGGAGGGACGGGUUCCACUCAAGACAUAAAUAACAUCCAUUUGUUGAAUCUGAACCUCACAGCUCAAAAAGAUAACCUGAAUACCAGUUCCCUGAUGCCUACAGAGUUGUUCCAACAAAAAAGAGCAUUCAGUUGUUGGCUCAUACAGAGAUUAGUGAGAGCAGAAAACCAAGGACCACCAGUGGCAGCAGAGGCAGCAGCAUCUCUGGGAUCACAACCACCACCAAUUUGUCAGCUAUAAAUGCAUAUGUAUG